CACUACGCAUUUCCAUCCAUACUCAUCUUCCCCCCUCCCCCCCUCCCCGAUAAGGCGGCCGUCGGUGAGAGGAACACCUCCCUGAUAACUGGUGCCGAUCUCCCGCGAAACCUCCCCCUCCCCGUGCUCUGCUAGACAGAGAUCCGGGCUCUCCUAGGACACGUGUCUGUAACAGUUCAUUUGAGGAAAUUGGCGCCCUUGUGCGGCCAUUAUGGCAUUAGCUUCUGCCAGUGCCAUGUUUCCUCCCUCAAACCUUUCAUAUAAAGCUUGGGAGGACCCAUCAUUCUUUAAGUGGAGAAAGCGGGAGGCGCAUGUGCCAUUGCGCUCACAGGAUACGCUGGAAGGAGCCCUGAAGUAUUGGCAUGAGCGAAGGAAUGUGAACUAUCUCAAUGCUGACACUGCUGUCUGGAAUGAUGAUGCGGUUCGCAGUGCUUUAGAAAGUGCUGCUGUUUGGUCCAAGGGCUUACCCUAUACUAAAUCUCUAAGUGGAUACUGGAAAUUUCUUCUGGCUCCUUCAGCAGAAAGUGUUCCAGAGAAAUUCUAUGAUGCUCAUUUUGAUGAUUCAAAUUGGGAGGCUUUGCCAGUACCCUCAAAUUGGCAAAUGCAUGGGUUUGACCGUCCAAUCUACACCAAUAUCACAUAUCCUUUCCCAAUAAAUCCACCAUUUGUGCCCACUGAUAAUCCCACUGGCUGUUACAGGACAGCUUUUCACAUCCCAAAAGAGUGGAAAGGUCGGAGGAUCUUGCUACACUUUGAAGCUGUCGAUUCCGCGUUUUUUGCUUGGGUAAAUGGGGUGCCAAUUGGGUACAGCCAGGACAGCAGACUUCCUGCUGAGUUUGAAGUUACAGAUUGCUGCCAUCCUUGUGAUUCAGACAAGGAAAAUGUUCUUGCUGUUCAAGUUAUGAGGUGGAGUGAUGGCUCUUAUCUUGAAGAUCAGGACCACUGGCGGUUAUCUGGUAUUCACAGGGACGUUCUACUACUAUCAAAGCCUCAGAUUUUUAUUACAGAUUACUUCUUCAAAGCAACCAUGGAUGAGAAUUUCAGUUUAGCUGAUAUUGAGGUUGAGGUGGAAAUUGAUUCGCACAAGCAAGACCGGGAGCAUGUCUCAACUUUGUCUAUUGAAGCAGCACUCUAUGAUAAUUCUGUACUAUCUGACAGUUUAGAUGCUGUUCUUUCAUCUGCUAAUGUGGCCAAUUUGAAACCGAAGCCAAAAGCAACUCGAAACCCUUGUCUUGGUUUUCAUGGUUACGUUCUUGGUGGAAAAAUCGAAAAUCCAAAACUCUGGUCUAGUGAACAUCCCAACUUAUACACACUUGUUGUUCUCCUUAAAGAUGCCAAGGGGAAGCUUAUUGAGUGUGAAUCAUGCCAAGUGGGCAUUCGUAAUGUGGUCCUGGCACACAAGCAAAUGCUUGUCAAUGGAUGUCCUGUUGUACUAAGAGGUGUCAACAGACAUGAGCACCAUCCAUGCCUUGGGAAGACAAAUAUAGAAGCAUGCAUGAUCAAGGAUCUGAUUUUGAUGAGGCAAAACAAUAUUAAUGCUGUUAGAAAUAGCCAUUACCCCCAGCAUUCGAGGUGGUAUGAGUUAUGCGACAUCUUUGGUCUUUACGUAAUAGAUGAAGCCAAUAUCGAGACACAUGGCUUUGAUGAAAAUAGCCAUUUCAAACAUCCUACUCUAGAACCUAUAUGGGCAAAUGCAAUGCUUGAUCGUGUUGUUGGCAUGGUGGAGAGAGAUAAGAAUCAUGCAUGCAUUAUUGUUUGGUCCCUGGGAAAUGAAUCUUCUUAUGGACCUAAUCAUGCUUCCAUGUCAGGGUGGAUUCGUGAAAGGGACCCGACAAGACUCCUCCAUUAUGAAGGAGGUGGUUCAAGAACAUCAUCCACAGAUAUUGUAUGCCCUAUGUAUAUGCGUGUCUGGGAUAUUAUUAAGAUAGCAAAAGACCCAUCUGAAACGAGACCCCUAAUUCUCUGCGAAUACUCGCAUGCUAUGGGAAACAGUAAUGGAAAUAUUGAUGCGUAUUGGAUGGCCAUAGACAGCACUUUUGGGCUCCAAGGAGGCUUUAUAUGGGACUGGGUCGACCAGGGUUUACUAAAGGAUGAUUCAGAUGGAUCCAAAUUCUGGGCAUAUGGUGGCGACUUUGGAGAUACUCCAAAUGACUCAAACUUUUGCCUCAAUGGCAUUGUCUGGCCAGAUCGGUCUAUUCACCCAGCUGUUCAUGAAGUUAAAUACCUUUACCAGCCUAUCAAAAUAUCAUCAGCAGAUAACAUGCUUAAGGUAACCUCUGUUUGGUAUUUUGCAGCCAUCAAAUCAUGUUCUUUUGUGCUUUGUGCAUCUAAUAGUUCCAUCAUUAUCGCACAGAUUGAAAAUGGACACUUUUUUGAGACAACAGAUGCUUUGGACUUCAGUUGGGUUCUUCAAGGAGAUGGUUGCAUCUUGGGCUCUGGUUCAUUGAAUGUUCCGACUUUAGCACCGCAGACUAGUCACCUUAUCAAUAUGGAGUCGUCACCUUGGUUUUCUCUUUGGAGUACUUAUGCAGCCAAAGAAGUAUUUUUGUCUGUAAAUGCGAAACAGAGGUACCAAACACGAUGGGCUAAAGACGGUCAUCUCUUGGCUUCAGCACAACUUUGUUUACCUCAGAAAAAUGGCUUUGUUCCCCAUGCAAUAGCAUUCUCCAGUAGCCCUCUGGCCUGUGAACGCACUGGUGAUAGUGUAAUCAUCAGCAAGAAUAAUGCCUGGAAAAUUAAAGUGAACAGUCAACUGGGAACAAUAGACAGUUGGAAGGUCAACGGUGUUGAGCUUAUGAGCAAGGGGAUAUUUCCAUGCUUUUGGCGCGCACCAACCGACAACGACAAAGGAGGUUUCUACACCAAGCCCUAUGUUUCGCAGUGGAGAGAAGCCUCCCUGGAUAACGUCUCAUUCUACAGCAGCCAGUUUUCUGUGAAGGAAUUGCCGGACAACACUGUGGAGCUCUCCACCGUCUACUAUGGUCUUCCUGGGAACCUACCCAAGCCUGACGAUGCUGCUCUUUCACAAGCUCCCGGGUCCACUCUUUUCCAAGUGACCAUGCUCUGCCGGAUAUACGAGUCAGGCGACGUGGUUCUUGAGUACAAGGUAAACCCCAAGGCCGAUCUCCCUCCCCUUCCCCGUGUGGGCGUCGUGUUCAACGUCGAGAAAACCCUGAGCCAUGUGACGUGGUACGGGAGAGGCCCGUUCGAGUGCUACCCCGACCGCAAAGUUGCUGCGCACGUCGGCGUCCAUGAGAGCAGCGUGGACGACCUGCACGUGCCAUACAUCGCCCCUGUCGAGUGCGGCGGCCGGGCGGAUGUCCGGUGGAUGGCGCUCCGGAACGCUGACGGCUUGGGCCUCUACGCGUCAGUUCACGGCGAGUCGCCGCCGAUGCAGAUGAGCACGAGCUACUAUGGCACCACGGAGCUCGACCGAGCCACCCAUGUCCACAAGCUGGUGAAGGGGGAUGACAUCGAGGUGCAUCUUGACCACAAGCACAUGGGACUGGGCGGGGACGACAGCUGGUCGCCGUGCGUGCACGAGCAGUACCUAGUGCCGCCGACCCGCUACGCCUUCUCCAUGAGGCUCUGCCCUCUGCUGCCUUCGUCGUCGUGUCAUGACAUCUACAAGUCUCAGCUCCCCAGGUGAAGUAACCAUGUGAUGUGUACCGGAGCCCGGAGAUUCAUGAGAGCGGUUGAAUGGAACCCAGUGAAGCAACGAGGAAAUAAUGCAGAGACGCUUUCGCUCCUGCGGUGGCCAGGAUGUUGGGGCUGUUGGCCGUUUGGGAAUAAGCAAGGGAGCUAGCUUUCUGACUCGUACAUCUUGGAUCUGUUAAUGGACAAUUGAUGUGGUACAUUACAUUAUGGCUGUGCUCAAACUAGUACACCUGCAUCGAAUCUUUGAUUCUGACCGAGUGACCGCUGACGGCACUAGGCAGAGCGUUUGCCGUUGCCCUCGUCUCCGUUUCGUUCAGCUAGACAACACCAUCUUGCAGGUGAAGACCGGCUUCGGUUCAGUUCAGAGAUAUCGUUUCAGGUCGCUGCCACGCUCUUCAGCCUUCACUGCCAUCAACUACCCACUGACGGGCUCCUUUGCAUGACCCCGAUGAAAUUUUCUAAUGGAAAAUUAGCGAUGAGAUUGUAGAUAUGAUCAUGUCACCUGCCAGUUUGCUCCCUGGACCUAGAAGCACAAGUGCUUCAUCUAAGCCGUCCAAAGCCGGGGGCGAGCGGCCCAGAUCUCGCCACCACGGCACGGGGGCAGAGCUGCGAGUGCUGUGAAGAAUUAAUAAAGGAGAGAAUACAGCACUGGGGCCUUCUUCCUCUUCCGCCCUUCCCCCCUCUUCCCUGCGACCCUGCCUGCCAUUUCCCGUUCGGCUUCGAUUUCGACCACGCGACCGACCAAGCAGCAAGUGGGGCGGCGUCCUCCUCUUCCGCCCUUCCCCCCUCCUCCCUGCGACCCUGCCUGCCAUUUCCCGUUCGGCUUCGAUUUCGACCACGCGACCGACCAAGCAGCAAGUGGGGCGGCGUCCUCCUCUUCCGCCCUUCCCCCCUCCUCCCUGCGACCCUGCCUGCCAUUUCCCGUUCGGCUUCGAUUUCGACCACGCGACCGACCAAGCAGCAAGUGGGGCGGCGGCCGUCGCCGAGAUGAACUCCUCCCCGAUCACCGGAGCCGAUCUCCCGCGAAACCUCCCCUUCCCCGUGCUCUGCUAGACAGAGAUCCGGGCUCUCCUCAGUAAGCCGCCGCCUCCACCUUCCCCUAAUUCUGGGGUCAUCUACCUGAUUCGCGUCAAGUUCCUACCUGCGUUUACACACUUGUCGAGAAUUUCUCGUUGCUGUGCUGCACGCGCCGUGCUCGAGUUGAAUCGUCAAACAUCGUAUUCGAUCUGGUUGUCAGCGCCGGUGAGAAGGGAGACAUUCCCGGUUUCAGUUUCCAUGGUUGUAUGCAUACGAAACGUUCGGUACAAGGGAGUGGGUGCCUUGUGCAUACGAUAGGAGGGGCAUGGAUGGGGAAAAGUUUGGUUAGGUUAGGGUUGGUUGAUGUUUCGGUGGGAGCGGUAACUGUGAUAAAUAUCAGUUGCUGCUGGUGAUCGGAAUUUGGGGGGCAUCCGGUAGACAUGGUCAAAUGUUGUGAGAAAUGUAAGUUGUAAUCCCAGGUUGACUGAGUGGGCGAAAAGGCUUCAGAUCCUUUCCAAAUGUAAUUGGAGUUCUGUUUAGAUUGUCGAUUGUGUUAAUUGAAAGUUUAAAGAGGAUAACCAUAGAAUAGUCCCACUUGCCUAAGCAGGGUUGAUACUGAGUUUUUUGAGCUGGACGCUUGGCAUAGGCAUAUUACCUGUUGGCUCUUUCCUUGUACAAGCUAUCUUAAGCAAACCUGUUGAAAAAAGACAUUACAUUGAGUCAAGAGGUCCUCCAAAUAGGCUCUGGAUAAUUUAUGAUGAUGAACACUUCAUGUUGCAACUGUCCGCCAUUGCUGUAUUUGUGUUGUGAUGCAUUGAAAUAACUCGUUUUUUUUGUGUUGGUGCAUUUACAAGUAGAGUAGAGGUAAAUUCGCAAUCUUGCACUUUGUUAUUCUACAUUUCGAUGAUGGGGUUGUCGACAAUAUCUUGCCUUAUGAUCUGUUUGCUCCUUCCAUUUCAUAUGCCUACGUGUCAAAUUUGUUCUAACGAUUUACAAAAAUAUGUUUGUGAUUAACGUGUAAGCUCAUGUGGUCUUAUAAUAUCCAAAGGUGGAUGUCCCCCCUCCCCCCCCUGGUUCUCCGGUUCUACAAAUGCGAUUCUGGAGCAGUUAAUCAGUUUCUUUUAGUCUAUGUGUUACAUAAUAUAAUUAGCUGCUGGUGAUUUUUAACACAAGUUCUCAUGACCUGUUAAGUCUAGAAAUAAAAGAAAUAUCCUGCUUGCAAACAUUACUUUGUCCUUAGAAGCUAGGCUUGAGUUUGCACCUGAAAUUUGUCUUGCACAUCAUUUAUAGUGGAUUUUGUGGUCAACCAUACUGGAGCUAUUUAUAUUUUUAUCUCUUAAGGUAAGUACUCAACAUUGUUUUCUUAGGUUUGUUUUGUGAGGGCAUCAUGUGGAGUUUUGCAUCAAAUGCCAUAGCUGGAAGCUUAAAGAAAAAGGCGCAGCCUUCAAAAUGCAGCAUAUCCAAUCCAGACUGUUCUGAUGAUGAAGUUUCUUCAUGUACGAGCAGAGAGGAAGGCCUUGAUUGUCCAAUAUGCUGGGAAUCCUUCAACCUUGUGGAGAAUGUUCCCUAUGUCUUGUGGUGUGGCCACACAAUGUGCAAGAACUGUAUCCUUGGUCUUCACUGGGCUGUUGUCAAGUUUCCUUCCCUUCCUAUCCAGCUGCCACUGUUCAUCUCAUGCCCCUGGUGCAAUCUGUUGUCUUUCCGGCUGGUGUACAAAGGCAACCUCAGGUUCCCACGCAAGAACUACUUUCUGCUCUGGAUGGUUGAGAGCAUGAAUGGUGAGAGAGCAAAAUUCCAUUCCACUAAUCACAAUGAACAUCAUUCCUCGUGGCAUUCCAGUGCUGGCCCAAGUUCCAGUCAUCACCACCGAAGAAAUGCUGUUAUCCGAGCAGAGAGCUCUUCUGCUAGAGAUACAAACUUCAUCCGUAACAUUUUUGACACCGACAACAUCAGUGCGUCUCUCCAAAAGCUCAUGGUGUGCUUCAUGCAGCUGACAGCCAAAUUUCCACUUGUGAUAAUCUUCUUGCUGAUAGUCCUUUAUGCUGUCCCUGCAAGUGCUGCUGUUCUGGUGCUGUAUGUCCUUGUGACGUUUUUGUUUGCGCUGCCAUCGUUUUUGAUCCUCUACUUCGCUUAUCCCAGCUUGGACUGGCUUGUCAGAGAGAUCUUUGCUUAAUUUCGAUAGCACAAUUCAUAAUCAUAGCUCCCUGGUACAUGAUAUAUCAUACAUGGUAUUCCAUGGCCACCUGCCUUCUUGGGCAUUGUAUAGUCUCUUCUGAUUUCGUGUCCUUUUCUACCCUUCUGUGGCCCCUUAUUCUGAUGUAACUGUAUCUAUUUAUUAAAAUGAUAGGCAACAUUUUUAUUUUUGGUUCUAGAUGUGUUUGUUCUA